AUGUCUCAACUGUUCCCUGAAUUGUAUACAAAGGGAUCCAAGAUAUGGAUCAAACACUCAACAGAUGUUUGGCAAUGCGCUGUCAUUAAAGUGAAUUUCAGUCAAAAGGAUAAAAGUCUUGUCGUAGAGGAUGAAGAAGAACAGGAAAUAACAUUACCGGUGAAAGACUUGUCAUGUCUGCCGCCUCUGCGAAACCCAGACAUACUGAUCGGUGCCAACGAUUUGACGAGUUUGUCAUAUCUUCACGAACCCGCAGUGCUCUACAACUUAAGGGUCCGAUUUCUGGAGCAGUCGGCGAUAUACACGUGGUGUGGGAUAGUAUUGGUGGCAAUCAAUCCAUUCUGUGAUCUCGAGAUCUAUGGCGAAGAGACCAUUCAGACGUAUCAUAAAUCGCAGGGCGCGGCACAACUCGACCCUCACAUCUAUGCCGUGUCCGAAGACGCCUACUCUAAGCUCGAAAGGGAUGACAGAAAUCAAUCCAUUAUUGUCAGCGGCGAGAGUGGAGCCGGCAAAACUGUUUCGGCAAAGUUUGCGAUGAGAUAUUUUGCAUCCAUUGCGGGCACUGACUCCUCCAAUAUUGAGAAUCGGGUUUUGGCCAGUAAUCCAAUUAUGGAGGCCAUCGGCAAUGCAAAGACCAACAGAAAUGAUAACUCAUCGCGUUUUGGAAAAUACAUCCAAAUCUUAUUCGAUCGUCAGAGUCGGGCCAUAACGGGUGGAAAUAUGAGGACAUAUUUGCUGGAAAAAUCGCGAGUCUCUCGUCAGAGUGAAGGCGAACGCAAUUUCCAUAUAUUUUAUCAAAUGUGUACUUAUGCCCAACAAAACAAUCUCAAGCAUUUAAAGUUGGAUUCCAACACAGAAUUUGCAUAUUUGGCGUCAAUAGAGCCGACGCCGUACGACGAUAUGGACAGAUUCAUCGAAGCCAUGCAAUGCCUGGGAUUCACGGAAAAGCAACAAAAUCUAAUCUAUAAUGUGGUCGCAGCGAUACUACACGCCGGCAAUAUUGAGUUCACACGUAUUGAUGACGAGAAGUGUUGUCUUUCCGACGAUUCUGAGCCUCAUUUGCAGACUUUUUGUUCACUUUUGGGUCUGGACUCUUCGGCUACCAAACAAUGGCUGACUCAUCGAUUGUUAAAGACUGGAAUGAGAGAACUCAUUACAACUACUUUGACAGCAGAAUUGGCUCAAUACGGAAGGGAUGCGCUCUUGAAGUUUAUUUACGAGACUAUGUUUUCAUGGAUUGUCGCUCUCAUUAACAAAGCACUCGGUCCAACCAAUACCUCAGUAACCUAUCCGUUCAUUGGUGUUCUUGACAUCUAUGGUUUUGAACAUUUUGAAACCAAUAGCUUUGAACAGUUUUGUAUUAAUUAUGCAAAUGAAGUCCUUCAGCAACAGUUCAAUCAACACGUUUUUAAAUUGGAACAAGAAGAGUAUGUUCGGGAAGGCAUUGAUUGGCAGUUCAUCACAUUUACAGAUAAUCAGCCGGUGAUCGACAUUAUCGAAGCCAAACCUAUUGGCAUAUUAUGUCUACUCGACGAAGAAUGCAAAAUGCCUAAAGAUAAUCAGCCGGUGAUCGACAUUAUCGAAGCCAAACCUAUUGGCAUAUUAUGUCUACUCGACGAAGAAUGCAAAAUGCCUAAAGGCACAGACGAGACGUGGGGCGCAAAGCUUUACUCCCAAAUAACUCUCGGAGAGGUCUUCCAAAAACCCAAAUUUGGUUCUAGAAAUUCAUUUAUUAUUCAACAUUUCGCUGACACUGUUGUAUACAAUGUCGAGGGCUUUUUGGAGAAGAACAGAGACACGAUAUGGGACGAGCAAAUCGAUCUGUUAAAGCGAUCCACUGUUGUUGACGUACUAUUCAGCGAUGGUUUGUCGGGAGAGCCGACACAGAAAUCCGGUGGAAAAAUCAAAAUAACUCCUCAACAACAGUCACAGAAACAGCAAAAGCAGGCGAAGGCAACGGUUGGCUCCCAGUUUCGGGACUCGUUGGCUGCGCUGAUGAAGACGUUGAACGCAACGGAACCGCAUUACGUGCGAUGUAUUAAACCCAACGAUAAUAAGGGUGGCUUUGAGUUCAACAAUAUCCGAGCCGUUCAGCAAUUGCGAGCGUGCGGUGUAUUGGAAACCAUCAGA